AUGGAUGGUAGCUACCACCGUCUCUUCCCAAUCUACUAUCGCAAGCAUGACAAGACGUCCGAGUCAAGUCUCUUGUCAAUCGUAUGGAUCGUGCAUCCAGUGGUCGCCCUGUUCCGUGUCAACAAGUCACAAGCACACUCGAUUGUCGCACUCUUCCCAGUGUUUUGGAAAAAGUCAUCCCUUUGCAACGGCAACGACAAGUUCCAUCUAUCGCUACUCUACAUUGUGCCACGAUUCGGCUUCAUUGACUAUGCCAUCGAAGAGUCACCAAGUGGCGACGAGAUUGGUAUGCGCUUUUACAUCCUCCUACUCUACUUUUUGGCCCGUGAGGAUGGUCGCACCUACGUCAGUCUCAUCUACCUUGUUCAUCCCAAGGCAUCGUUGUUGCGCGGUUGUUUCACUGCCAGUAAAUCCAAACUGUUCAUGUUCCCCUUUAUCUACUAUAAACGUGACACUGCUAAACUCAAAAUGGCCCUGUCAAUCGUUUGGAUUGGUAACCCUCGAUUUGGAUUCAUCUCAUACUGGUCUCAAAAUGACGGUCAGUACACUCAUUUCCACAUCCCACUCGUUCUCUGGAUAUCGUCGAUUGACGAGUACUAUCAAUGGGGUGUAUUCUGGAUCGCGUGUGCCAAGGCUAGUCAGUCUGGUAACCCAUUCACCAACCAAAACCUUCCCAAUGGAUGCUCACGUAUUUCGAGUGUCUAUUACCCCGUUUCACUCUUUAUGUACUAUUCCGAUGGUCAGAACCUUUCCCAUCACCUCAUGCCAAUCUAUAGGUACCGAUACAAGACACGUGACGAAGCAGCCGUUCUCUGGGUGCUCCUCGGUGCCGUCUAUCUCCUCGACAAACAAGAUAUCACCGAGUUUAGAUUCUUUUAUCGUUGGAUCAAGGUCAAGUCGUCCGAGACUGUCUUUGUCCUCGAAGUCAACCCAUUCGUCUCGAUUCGUCGCAAACACGGUAAAUCCCGUGUCCUCAUCCUUGGUGGAAUGUGUGGUGUCAAGGACAGUACCUACGGUUCAGGUUCUACAUGUAAUUUCUGUUGUAUCGAAUGUUAA